GUGAUGUCUUUGAAGCUAAAUGCACUGGUUGUGACCCUCCUUUGACCUGUCAAAUAAGAUGCUCAUGCAGGUCUGUGUUCAUUAGCUGCUCUCAGGCCUGCAAAUGCUCAAAAAUGUGCUGCAACAGACCAUUUCGCAGAGAGAAACGGGUAGAGAUUGUUAAGACUCAGCUUUGUGGAUGGGGCGCUGUAGCAUUGGAAGCAAUUGAGAAAGGUGAUUUUGUGAAAGAAUUUGUUGGAGAAGUUGUAGAUGGCGUGACAUGUCAAGAAAGGCUCGAGGACAUGAAACAGCGAGGAGAUGAAAAUUUCUACAUGUGUAAAGUCAGCAAAAACUUUGUAAUAGAUGCAACAUUCAGAGGAAAUGACUGUCGCUUUUUUAACCACAGCUGCACGCCUAACUGUCAGUUGGAGAAUUGGCAAGUUAAUGGCAAGACAAGGCUGGGCGUAUUUGCUUUACAGGCUAUACAAGUGGGGGAUCCCUUGACCUACAAUUACAGAUUUGAACAACAUUUCGGCCCACAGACAGAAUGUUUCUGUGGAGCUGCAAACUGCCGAGGGAAGCUGUGAUUAGAUAAAGAUGGACCAGGG